AAGGGGCGGGAGCGGCGCAUGGCGGGCUGAGGGCAGCGCCGGCCGGGGCGGCGGGAUUUAGAUGUCUCAAUGGAUACGUGGAGCUACUUCCGUACUUGCCUGGCGUCCAUAUGGCUGCACAGAUUUUACAUCUACUCUGCUGUUGCUUUGGGGAUCAGCCUUUGGAUUGUCAUUCAGUUCACCACCACCAAAACCAAAAAGAAGGGUGAAAAAUCCAGUGGGAAUCCCCCUUCCUCCAAAGGAACAGAAGACAAGCUGGUAAAUGGAUGUGCCACCCCUCAGGCAGAGGAGGUGUAUGUUGCUGGGGUAAAGAUCUUCUAUGGCUCUCAGACUGGCACAGCAAAGAGAUUUGCCAAAGCUCUGGCUGAAGCUGUUACUUCCCUUAAUUUGCCUGUGGAAGUCAUUAACAUGGGAGACUAUGACCCAGAUGAUUGUUUAGCAGAGGAGGCAACCAGCAGGAACAUCUGUGUGUUCCUGGUGGCCACGUACACGGAUGGGCAGCCCACGGAGAGCGCGGCCUGGUUCUGCAGGUGGUUGGAAGAGGCGGCCAACGAUUUCCGUGUUGGGAAAACCCACCUGAAGGGGCUCAGAUACGCCGUGUUUGGCCUGGGGAACUCGGUGUAUGUGGAUCAUUACAACACAGUUGGCAGGAGGAUGGACAGGUGGCUGUGGAUGCUCGGUGCCAGCCGUGUGAUGACCCGCGCCGAGGGCGACUGCAACGUGGCACAGAGCAGGCACGGCAGCAUCGAGGGCGACUUCGAGGCCUGGAAAGCCAAAUUCCUCACUCGGCUCCAGGCCCUCUGCAGAGGGGAGAAGAAGCCCUGCAGUGGGAAGUGCAAGAAAGGGAAGUGCAGAUCUCCAGGGAAGCAGAGCAAGGAGAGCUCGGAUCACGAACGCGGGGCAUCGGAGCACGAGAAUACUGAGGCAGAGGAAUUGUUUGAAACCAGUAGUGAGGAGGAAGCUGAUGCUGAGGAAGCUGGAGGCACCAAUUCUAUCAUUGAUGUUGAAGAUCUUGGCAACAUCAUGGGCCACAUGAAGAAAGCAAAGAGAGAACAUGAGCUCCAGGAAGGAGAUGUUGGAAGGAGAGAGAACCCUGGGAGGAAGGAGGAGGAGGAGGAGGAGAAGAGGGAGAUGAUAACACCGGCCCUGAGGGACGCGCUCACGAAACAAGGUUACAAACUCAUUGGGAGCCAUUCCGGGGUGAAGCUCUGCCGGUGGACAAAGGUGUGCUCUCUUUCCUUUUCUCUUUUGGGAAAUAAAACAAAGCUAGAGACUUACUCAGUCGAUGCUCCGGGGCCGAGGGGGCUGCUACAAACACACCUUCUAUGGGAUGAGAGCCACCGCUGCAUGGAGGCCACCCCCAGCCUGGCCUGUGCCAACAAGUGUGUCUUCUGCUGGAGACACCACACGAACCCCGUGGGCACAGAGUGGCGCUGGAAGAUGGACCAGCCGGAGCUGAUCCUGCAGGAGGCCAUGGAGAACCAUCAGAACAUGAUCAAGCAGUUCAGAGGUGUGUCAGGAGUGAAGGCAGCUCGCUUUGAGGAGGCCCUGACAGUGAAACACUGUGCUCUGUCCCUGGUGGGGGAGCCCAUCAUGUACCCCCAGAUCAACCGCUUCGUGAGGCUCCUGCACCAGCACAGCAUCUCCAGCUUCCUGGUGACCAAUGCACAGUUCCCAGAGGAGAUCAGGAGCCUGGAGCCAGUGACCCAGCUGUAUGUCAGUGUGGAUGCCAGCACCAGGGAGAGCCUGAGGAGAAUCGACAGACCCCUCUUCAAGGACUUCUGGCAGAGGUUUCUGGACAGUUUAAAGGCCUUGGCUGAAAAGGAGCAGCGCACGGUUUACAGGCUGACCCUGGUGAAAGCUUGGAAUGUGGAUGAACUCAAAGCUUAUGCUGAGCUGAUAUCCCUUGGAAAACCAGACUUCAUCGAGGUCAAGGGUGUGACCUACUGUGGAGAAAGCUCUGCCAGCAGCCUCACCAUGGCCAACGUGCCCUGGCACGAGGAGGUGGUGGGGUUUGUGCAGGACCUGGCCGAGCUCCUGCCCGACUACGAGAUCGCCUGCGAGCACGAGCACUCCAACUGCCUGCUGCUGGCCCACACCAAGGCUGUGCUGCCCUGGAGUUGGAGACACACGGUCUGAGCGGGAGCUUUGGUUGACCUUGGCCCUCAAGGGGCACCUGGGCAUCAAUCCCUGUUUGCACUGUCCCCUCCAGGGCUUGUCCAGUUCUUUCAGGUGUAAGUGUCACCUGGGAACUGCAGACAGGCCUGGGAAGGCUUUGGGAUGCUCCAUGGGAGUGUUCCUCCUGGAAAGUGGGGCUGGAGGGGGGGUGGAAUCCGGUACUUUGAAGGGUCCAGCAAAGCGUCCAACAGUCAAACCCUCAUGGAAAU